GGCUGGGCGACGCUCGGCCGCCCCGAGCUUCCGCCCGGAGAGCAGGGCUGGGCGGGCGGCGCGGCCAAGAUGGCGGCUCCCCUGGCUGUGCAGGCGGGGGCUGUGCUGCGGGACCUGUCCCUGAGAUCCGCCCGCCUGCGGGGCAGCUUCCCGGCUGUUCAAUUAACCCCUAGACGAUGGCUGAACCUGCAGGAGUACCAAAGCAAAAAAAUAAUGGCAGACCAUGGGGUUACAGUUCAGAGAUUCUUCGUAGCUGAUUCUGCAAAUGAUGCCCUGGAGGCUGCUCAGAGACUAAAGGCCAAAGAAAUUGUUCUGAAAGCACAGAUUCUGGCUGGAGGGAGAGGAAAGGGUGUUUUCAACAGUGGACUGAAAGGAGGAGUUCACCUAACUAAAGACCCUAAGAUUGUUGAACAGCUUGCUAAACAGAUGAUUGGGUACAAUCUGUCAACAAAGCAAACUCCAAAGGAUGGUGUGACAGUUAAAAAGGUGAUGGUUGCAGAAGCACUGAAUAUUUCCAGGGAAACAUACUUUGCAAUAUUGAUGGACAGAGCCUGCAAUGGACCUGUUAUGGUUGGCAGUCCUCAGGGUGGUGUUGACAUAGAAGAAGUCGCAGUUACUAGCCCCGAACUUAUCUUUAAGGAGGAAAUAGAUAUUUUUGAAGGAAUAAAGGAUCAUCAGGCAUUGCAGAUGGCAAAAAAUUUGGGUUUCAAAGGACCUUUGCAGCAUCAGGCAGCUGAUCAAAUUAAGAAGCUGUAUAAUCUUUUCUUGAAAAUUGAUGCCACUCAGGUUGAAGUGAAUCCCUUUGGUGAAACUCCAGAAGGGCAAGUUGUUUGUUUUGAUGCCAAGAUAAACUUUGAUGACAAUGCAGAAUUUAGGCAAAAAGAAAUAUUUGCCAUGGAUGACAAGUCUGAAAAUGAGCCUAUAGAGAACGAAGCUGCCAAAUAUGACUUAAAGUAUAUAGGACUGGAUGGAAAUAUUGCUUGCUUUGUUAAUGGAGCUGGACUUGCAAUGGCAACGUGUGAUAUAAUCUCCUUGAAUGGUGGAAAGCCAGCCAACUUCUUGGAUCUUGGUGGAGGUGUGAAAGAAGCACAAGUAUAUCAAGCAUUCAAGCUGCUGACUGCUGAUCCAAAGGUUGAAGCAAUUCUUGUGAACAUAUUUGGUGGGAUCGUGAACUGUGCCAUCAUAGCCAAUGGCAUCACCAAAGCCUGCCGAGAGCUUGAGCUGAAAGUGCCACUGGUGGUCAGACUGGAAGGAACCAACGUUCAAGAAGCCCAGCGUAUUCUGAAGGAAAGCGGACUCCCCAUCACGUCUGCAAGUGACCUUGAGGAUGCAGCAAAGAAGGCAGUGGCCAGCGUGGCCAGCAAAUAGCAGCCUGAGGCUUAUUCUGCUGGGAACUGUGUGUCUCGGAAGGUGUCACUCCCCUCGCUGUUUCGGAGGGAGGGUUAUGCUGUCAUCAGCGCUGGUGGACGUCAGCUGAGCUAGAUGGAGAACUCCAGGCUUGCAAGUUAGGCUUCAGGAAUUUUGCAGCUGCAUUCUUGAAGAGUUUGUAUGUCUUCACUUAAUUUUGUUACUCAGAACUAGUAAUAAGUAAUUUCAUUUGAUAAAGCUCUUUUUCUGCUUUCCUGCCAAAACCGUCACUGGUAAAUUCACAGGGAGAUACAGUAAUUAAUAGUUGACUUCUAUCAACAGGAUCAUUCCUUAACCAAAGACACUUAGUUCACCUAGUUCACCUAUUUUCUGGUUUUAUACUGCAAAGAGUCAGCAAACUGCUAAUGCGUUGUCUUUUUUAUGGACUUCCACGAUCGUGAAAAAUUGUGCUUCUAGUAUCUAUUUUUAUUAAACGAAUAAUGUCUAUUUUCUUGGUUUAGAAAGCACACAUUUUGCCUUAAGGUGAUUUUCUUCUGUGGAUGCCAAAGUAUACCUCACAAAUCAGACAAGGGAUUGCUGGCAGUGAAGCGAGCUUCCAUUCUUACCCUGUGCCUAUAGCUGACAAAAUGUGAUUCAUUAAAUUUCUAGCUUCUGGAAAUGAGGUGCAGUGUUUGUGGGUACAACAGUGCCAUAGAGAGAGCUCCAGGAGCAUGUCUCUGCCAGGAGGAAAAUGGCUGCUAACUCUUUAAAAUCACCUCUCUCAGGAGUACGUUGCUACUGUGAGGCUUGAAAAUAAGAUGAGAAGAGCCGAAGCAGUUUUCUCUUAGGAAUAUUCUUCAACUGAGUUAACUUCCAAAGCCCAUUUCUGAUUUAUUUGGAACAAAGGUCAAAGGAACGUCUCCAUUUUCCAAGUGUUUGAUUUCUCAGACAUCGAUUAAAAUAUGUACAAGAAAUAAACAAAUAAAUGUACAGUUCAGUGCUCAGGUGUUGACUGAGAUUUGUUUUGGUUACAGAACCUUCUGUAACAGUCAGAACUGAAGCUGUUAAUUGCACAAAUUGCUCCUCCGGGGGACAGGAGGCAGUACCAAAUGGUUUGUGUAACUGAAGAACUUGGUACAGAUCUCACUCAGCCCAGGAUUUACGUGCUGAAAAUCAUCAGUAAAUUUGAACAAACGAGUGGAUGUUAUGAUCUGCUCUUUUAACUGGGCAGAGAGGUAAAAAUUUGUCCAAUAAAUUCCUAGUUGUGAUUUUCAAGCAGCUCUAAUCAAUACCACCUUCUUCUCACGGAAACAUACAGAAUUUUUUGCAUGACAUUUCCAUUGAAAGUGUUACCUUCAAAAUAACUGAUCUGCACUAAUCUCUGGCCCUCGACACAUGAGUAUAGAUGGGCUGCCGUCAGCAGUUACUGCAGGGGCUUUGUCCUCUCCGUUCCUUUCUCUGUGUACUGCUGCAGGAGAAAAUGUAUGACCAUUAGGAGCACUAAAUAGGUGCUUACGGACAGAGGGAAAGGGAGGCCUGUGGUUAGCCCUUGUUGUGAAGGUGCACCGAAGCACACUGCUUUGCAGGGAGAAAUGUUUACCUCACUACACUAAAUCAAGAGUCAGGCUGGUUUAUGUCUUUUGAAUACUGGAAAUGGGAGCAUUCUGUGCAAGAAUUGCCUGGGCAAUGUUGUCGCAUGCUGCGUAUCCACUGUCUGGUCCUGAGCCCAUGGAGUCCUGCUGUGUAUGGUGACUGUUGUGCAAGGGUUUACACUGUGCACCAGUUUGUCAAGUAAAUGUGAGAAUGAACACA